CAAGUUUCGUAAAAAAAAGAAAUUGCAGCAUGAAGGUGUCGAAGGCAAUCGUGGCUCUCGCGGCGCUGUGCAUGGCGCUAUUGGCCCCCGCAGCGGGCAGCAAAGAACUCACAAACAUCGACGGUGAUUUGAAUAACCGUCACUUGCGUCAGGAGAGCGCUGAGCUUGCUACUACGCCUGAAGAGAUAGGAGUGAAGAAGGACUCGAACAACCCGCUGCAACGUCGCGAUCAGGCCCUGGUAUCCGCCCACCGCGUGUACGAUCCAGUAUCGGGGCUGGCCUGUGCGCUUGUGGGGGAUUGUAUGGCGUGUCCGACGUCCGAGAAGGACGAAACCUUUUGUCGCGAGACAGGAUAUCGCCAGGAGCUGGACUGUCCUCGACCGAAAGACCCUAAGGACGCAGCGCUCCUUACCAAGCCAGAGGAUGAGCGUGAGAUUAGGUUCAAGGCGUGCUCGCCUGCAGAUACAGCUCGGCCAGGCGUUGAGGUGGUGAAAUUUGAGGUAAGGAAUGUGUUGUCGUGACUUCUACAGUAGAGGAUAGAGAAUUGAUGCAUUCGGUAUGUAAUGCAGGCGCUGAUGUCAGUAAUACUAACGGUGUCGGUUUUAUUGCUCCGACGUGAGCGAGGGAACCAUAUGAGCUCGUUUGACCUACGGAAAGACCCACGACAACGUA